AUGGGUAUCUUGUUCAAAUCACAGGAACUGUUUCGCCGGAUGGCCGCGCCAAGGUGCUUGCCGGUGGGCGUCGCCCGCAAGUCCACCAAGCAGCCCAGUCCCCGCGAUGCUGUGCAGAAGCUGACGGAUGAAGUGGAGCAGCUUUUGAGCAGCCCGAGCUCGUCUGAGUCGCCAUCAAAGAAGACCGAUGAUCUUUGGAAAGAUGUGCACAACCAUUUGCGCGCCAUCUUGAACAUGUUGAAGGAUCGCAAAGGCCUGAGGCACAGAGGGGGCCAGGAAGCAGCCCACAUGCAGCUUCCUUUGCCUCACUUCUCCCUAGAGACACCAUCGAACUCAAGGGCAACCUCGCCCAGGAAUGAUGGCGACAGGGACGCCAGUCCUGCCAUGCCAAGGUCUCUAGAAGAGCCCGGACAUGAGCACGAUGCUUCCAUCAACUUUGAGUGGCAGUUUGACAUCCUGAACCAUCUGCCGCGGGACACGGCCCUGGCAUUAAUGGAUUUCCUCAAAUCCCAGCAGCGCGAACUUUCCAAGACAUCGCGUUAUGCAAAUGAGCUGACCCGCUCCAACAAAGAGCUGCACAAGCGUUUGCAAGAGAAGGACCAGAGGAAGCAUCCCCUGUGCCGCUGCUGGGUGGGUGUUUCGAUUCUCCUGGCCUUGUCGUUGUGCUUGCUGGCACUUUUUGCUACUCGUAGAGAGCUUCUGGCUCCGGUUUCUCAACGGCUUCCGGACGGUCUCAGUGAGGCACCUUUGGUUCGCCCCGGUGCCGAAGCUGGUGUCGUGGCAAGUCCACCGGAAGCUGAUCGGUGGUCUCGCCAAACCCAGGUUUUCCAGCAAGGAGAUGGGUCCGGAAAGAUCAAGGAGACCACCGUGCGAGAGAUGACUCUCCGUGAGACCACUACACGAGAGUACGAUCCGAAGCUGAUCCAGCAGCUUCAGACCGAGAACUUGCAAAUGAAGUUGCAACUGGAGAGACUCUGGCUUGACAUCGACGAUGCCGAGAAGAAGGGCCAGGACCACGUUUGCUUGGACCUCAGGCUGGUCCCUGUAGCCUGGGCUUUGAGCUCUCUGCCGGAGCUCUUCCGGUUUUCCACUGAAAGUGGUGGUGAGUACAUCCAAUGGAGUCCAGACAGCGCCAACGCAGCACCUUUUCCAGAGCUCCAGAGCUUGGCCGCAUUGGUGCCAGUUUCACACCGUGGACCGACAUUUGAAGGAUCAAACGAUGUGAAAAAGUGCUCUCCCCGGCGCAACUUGCGUCGGUCGGUCUUUGCACCUCGGAGGAGCUAUCUGAAACCCACGGAAAGCCAGAUGCACUUCAUGGCCGAGUCAAGGCUCGGUCUGGGCCGGGCUUCCGUUCCAUGCGUUGCGAGUUCCGUUGAGGUCACGCAGGACCAGCUGCGUGUUCUCGAGCAAUUCCUUGCUGCAGAUCUGCCAGUACAGCUGCUCUCGCAGCUCAACAGCCUGGAGUUUGAAGUGCGAAAGGAUGUGAUGAAUGUCUGCUGCGCCCUCCUCUGGCCGGACCUGCCCGAAGAGGUGGCUGCCCAGGUCAUGGAUUACGUCCGGUUUCACCCAACCAUCUUCUCGAAGCUGAUGGACAGCUACGCGAACGAAGAGGCUGCCCUGUACUCGGGCGUGGUACUGCGCUCCUUCUUUCGAUACGGGCAACUGGUGGAGAGCUUUCUGACCAGUGGAAAGGUUUUCGACUUGAUCCGCUACGCCAAGCACCCCAGCAUGGAUGUGGCAGCGGAUGCGAUCUACACACUUCGAACCGUCAUGCUCGAACACAAAGAGGUUUCAGGACCAUGGCUUCAGGCCAACUACGAAGAGUUCUUCGUUCUCUACACCCCACUCCUUCAGUGCCAGGAUUAUGUCGUGGAGCGGCAGGCAUUAACACUUCUGGCGGCUAUGCUGAUGGACAGGAAUUAUCAAAGGGUUAUGAUGGGCUUCGUCAACAGCGAGCAGCACCUCAAGAUCUUCAUGAACCUGCUGUUGGCUGAUUCCCAUGCCAUCCAAGCAGAAGCAUUUCAUGUGUUCAAGAUAUUCGUGGUGAACCCGCAGAAGCCUGCGCGAAUUCAACAGAUCCUCGUAAAAAACAAGGACAAACUCGUCUCGCUCCUCCAAAGCCUGCACGCUGUGCGGACGGACGACACAAAUUUCGCAUGCGAUCUGGACAAGGUCAUCAAACGCCUGCUGUCCAUGACGAUGCCUCAUCCCUUGAAGCGGCCGCAUGUGAGUCAUCUGAGCAGAACCAGCAGCUCAAUCUCCGUGGCAACAACUUCAUGUGAUACGGAGAGCACAGGGUAUGAGAAUCCGUGGGACCACCUCAAGCCCACGUUGUCGCCGCCAGCGGUGCUCGCGCUCUAA